ACAUCGAACGUUCUCUUUGUAUGAGAGAUCAAGAUUUUAUGUCUUUCAGUUUUUUCAAUUUCUAGGGCUUUUACUCUUCGUUUCGCUCUUCGAUUUCUAGGGUUUUCACUUUCGAUUUCGCAUUAUAUAGCCGAAUUUCGAGUGAGCACCGCUGAAAUUGAGUGUUUUCGAUUGAUUUGUAUUUCUUCUUUGUAUUGAUUCCAUGUUUGAUUUCGUAUUAUCUUUAGAUCUGAAAUUCAUUUGGAUUAGGGUUUGAAUUUGUGUUCUUCUAAAUGUUUGAAAAAGAAAAAAAAUUGAAUUGAUCGUAUACUAGGAUCAGGGUUUUACUAGGAAGAAUUAAGGGGAUUCGAAUUGCUAUUAGUGCUUUUACUCAAGUAUAUAUGGCGGCUGGGAGACAUGGGGGUUACCGUGACAACGAAUUCAGAGACCGAGAGGCUGAUUUUGAAGUGUCAAGGCGUGAAUAUGCUUAUUCAAAGGAGGAAUAUGACUAUGAGCGGAUUAGGAGUAGUAAACAUGAAAACAACGAUCGGGGUCGAGUUCGUUAUAUGAGUGACAGGGUUAGACAAAAGGAUAUCAAGGAGAGGGAAGUGAUCACAAAUGGUGGCUAUCGCUCCUCAUCUAGUAGGAGUGAUUCAGGUAGUAGUGGUGGUGGUCGUAAUAGUCGUGGUCCUAAGCCAAAGGAGUUUUCAGUUAAGGCUAUUGAUAGGGAGCCUGGUGAAUUGUCAAGUGAAAGUGGGUCUGAGGAUGCAACUGAAAUUGAGUCCAUAUCAAAAGGUAAGGAUAGUGAAGUUUCCAAGGUGGUAGAGAAUGGGAUUCAAUCUCCUUUGGAGAGAAAAAGGAAAUUUUCUCCCAUAGUGUGGGACAGAGAUGAUAAUAAUGUAGGUAAAAGUAGGAAUUCACCUGUUGUGACGGCUCUUCCCCCUCCACCACCUUUACCCAAGACAUAUCGCAAAUCACCUAAUGUAGUUCCAGAGGGAGGUGUACAUGUAUCUCCCCCGAAGAGUAGGAAAAACCAGAAUUUGCAGUCUGUUUCACCAAUCAACCCUCCUGUGGUAUCUAGGUCAGUUGAAUACAGUACUUCUGAGUCUCCAGUUGGGUUGUCUUCUUCACCAUCAAAGGAGCAACAAUGGGAUAAUGUUCAGGAAUUUGAGCAUUUAGAUGAUGAAGACUAUGUACCAACCCGGAAUAUAUCCUCUUCGAGAUGGGCUGCUGGAAACAGUUCUCCUGUUGAUGAAGGUGAAAUUUUAGAAGAUGAAGAAGUUCCUAAAAGGAGGAAAAAAAUGCCUCUUUCAGAGUCUUUGCAAACCAGAUUAAGGAACAAAUCCAUUAGUCCUGAGCUUGUGGAGCUUAAGAGAACAGGGUCUGAAAGGGCUAGAUCCAGGUCAUCUGAAUCUGAUGAACAAGGCAGCCGUGCUAGGUCUUUGAGUGGGGAUGGUUAUCAUGGUAAUGAUUCAGAGAAGGAUGAUUACAUGGAGAUUGAUGAGGAACGAAACCAUGCUGAUAUUAGUGUUAGUGGGUCUGAUGCAAAUUCAGAUGAUGAAACUGAUUCUCGUGAGACUCCAGAACCUGCAGCACCUCCUCAAAGAAGUAUAAAUAUGCUUCAGGGAUGUAGAAGUGUUGAUGAGUUUGAGAGGCUAAACAAGAUAGAUGAAGGCACUUAUGGUGUUGUAUAUAGAGCUAAAGAUAAGAAGACGGGGGAAAUUGUAGCCUUGAAGAAGGUAAAGAUGGAAAAGGAAAGAGAAGGUUUUCCGUUGACUUCUCUGAGGGAAAUAAACAUCCUUCUUUCUUUUCAUCAUCCAUCAAUUGUGGAUGUUAAAGAAGUUGUGGUAGGGAGUAACUUGGAUAGCAUUUUUAUGGUGAUGGAAUAUAUGGAACAUGAUCUAAAAGGACUGAUGGAGGCAAUGAAGCAACCAUUCAGUCAGAGUGAAGUGAAAUGCCUCAUGCUCCAGCUAUUGGAGGGUGUCAAGUAUCUUCAUGAUAAUUGGGUGCUUCAUAGAGAUUUGAAGACAUCAAACCUGCUUUUGAAUAAUAGGGGUGAGUUGAAGAUCUGUGACUUUGGUUUGGCCCGUCAAUAUGGGAGCCCCUUGAAACCGUAUACUCAUUUGGUUGUUACUCUUUGGUACAGGGCACCGGAACUUCUAUUGGGAGGAAAACAAUAUUCAACUGCAAUUGACAUGUGGUCAUUGGGUUGUAUAAUGGCUGAAAUGUUGUCUAAGGAGCCACUGUUCAAUGGCAAAACUGAAUUUGAUCAACUUGACAAGAUUUUCAGAAUCCUUGGCACACCAAAUGAGACAAUUUGGCCUGGAUUUUCAAAGCUGCCUGGUGUGAAGGUCAACUUUGUCAAGCAUCAGUAUAACCUGCUGCGUAAGAAAUUCCCAGCAACAUCUUUCACUGGAUCACCAGUUCUAUCUGAUGCUGGGUUUGACUUGUUGAACAAACUCUUAACCUAUGAUCCUGAGAAGCGAAUAACAGCUGAUGCUGCUCUUAAUCAUGAUUGGUUCCGUGAAGUUCCUCUUCCUAAGUCCAAAGAUUUUAUGCCUACCUUUCCUGCUCAACAUGCUCAAGACAGGCGUAUGCGAAGAGUUAUGAAGAGUCCUGAUCCUUUAGAAGAGCAGCGUAGAAAGGAGCUGCAACAAGGGGAGCUAGGGACAGGUGGUUUGUUUGGCUAAUAGAAUUGAAUUAAUUUGCCAACUGUGUCAAAGAUCCCGUGCUUUAAGUUUUCAAAGUAGUUUGCAAAUGCCCACAGUUGAGGUGAGGGACAUGCAUUCAACAGAAGUUGCGAACAUUGCUUGUCAGACGAUCAUUCAUGCUGUUUUUUAGCAGGCAACUGUGGUGAUUUGGGUGGAGAAUUAUUUGCCUCCUACCUGUCAACAAGAUUUCUUGCAGGUUAACUUUGUCCUCCGGCUCUGGGAAUCAUGUAGAAAUGCAUCUGUGACACUGCUUGCACGCAAGGUGUGGCAUAACAGUUUUUCUUCUUUAAAAUAUCAGUUUCAGCUCGAACUUGUGUAUGUAACAUAUUCUUAUUGGUACAUUGUAAACGAUUAUCUUGAAAUAUGGUUUUAAAUUAGAAAAUUAUGGAAUUUACUACCGACCAUCAUUUCUAUCAUUUUUAAUAUUCACAUUGUGUUUGCAAGAGACGGUUGGUGUGAAGUGGAGGGAACGUUGUUAGCUUUUCAUUGACGAACAAAUUGACAGUAACCAUUGUGCUUUGAAGUCUCAAAGCAAGCAGGUUGAGGAGGUUACCUGUAUUCUCUGGAUUUUAUAGAACUUCCAAUUAAUUGUUCCUUCAGGCUCACUAGAGUAUAUCCAUGUAGGCCCUUGCGAACAAGACCGUGGAGUUGCUUGGAGUGACAAUUUUUAGGCAUGGCUGGAAGAAUGGGUUGCUUGGAGAUGGAAAACCAUGAAGCGUCCACUUCCCAUUCACGAAAUCCAUGACCUGAGAGGUGAUUAAGCGGCACUAAAACGAGUAACUUGUUAUGUUGAAUCAAACAGAUAUUGAGAGGUGCAUGUUAUCCCAUGAUCCCAUCAACACAAUCUUGAUUCCCUACCCACUAGUUUAUUCCAGAGAGAGAUGGGCUUCUUUCUCUGAAACCCGUAAAUUCAUUCUGCCUCAAUAUAAUUUUGGUUAUCGUCCA